CGCCUCGCUGUGUCUCUUCUUCCCCGUGCGGAGCGGAUUUGGGUGCCGGCUAACAAAACCACGCUGCAAUCAUGAUGGGCCGACCGGUUCUCGUGCUUAGCCAGAAUAUGAAAAGAGAGUCUGGAAGGAAGGUCCAGACUGGAAAUAUUAGUGCAGCAAAGACCAUAGCAGAUGUCAUCAGGACAUGUCUGGGACCAAGAGCUAUGAUGAAGAUGUUGCUUGACCCUAUGGGAGGUAUCGUCAUGACCAAUGAUGGCAAUGCCAUUUUGAGAGAGAUCCAAGUGCAACAUCCUGCAGCCAAGUCCAUGAUUGAGAUCAGCCGCACUCAAGACGAGGAGGUGGGAGAUGGCACUACCUCUGUUAUUAUUCUGGCUGGAGAGAUGCUGUCAGUGGCAGAGCAGUUCCUAGAGCAGCAGAUGCAUCCUACAGUGGUGAUUAGUGCUUACAGGCAGGCCCUGGAUGACAUGCUCAGCAUGCUCAAAGAGAUCAGCACUCCAGUUGACCCGAAUGACCGGGACAUGAUGCUGAAGAUCAUUAACUCGGCCAUCAACACCAAGGCACUGAGCCGCUGGUCAAGCCUGGCAUGUAACAUCGCUCUGGAUGCAGUGCGCACUGUAGAGCUUGAGGACAACGGCCGCAAGGAGAUCGAUAUUAAGAAAUAUGCCAAGGUGGAAAAGGUCCCUGGUGGGAUCAUUGAAGACUCAUGUGUGCUGAAGGGUGUGAUGGUAAAUAAGGAUGUAACACACCCUCGCAUGCGUCGUCUCAUCAAAAACCCUAGAAUUGUGCUCCUUGACUGCUCCUUAGAGUACAAGAAGGGUGAGAGCCAGACGGAUAUAGAAAUCACUCGCGAGGAAGACUUCGCAAAAAUCCUGCAGAUGGAGGAAGAGUACAUCCAGCAGAUUUGUGAAGACAUCAUACGCCUCAAACCCGACCUGGUUUUUACUGAGAAAGGAAUCUCAGAUCUUGCUCAGCACUAUCUGAUGAAAGCCAACAUCACUGCAAUUCGUCGCGUCAGAAAGACGGACAACAACCGCAUUGCUAGAGCCUGUGGUGCACGCAUUGCCAGUAGGACAGAUGAGUUGCGUGAGGAAGAUGUGGGAACAGGUGCAGGCUUGUUUGAGGUGAAGAAGAUUGGUGAUGAGUAUUUCACCUUUGUCACGGAGUGCAAAGACCCCAAAGCCUGUACCAUCUUGCUUAGAGGGGCCAGCAAGGAGAUUCUGGCGGAGGUGGAACGUAACCUGCAAGAUGCAAUGCAGGUUUGCCGUAAUGUGCUGCUGGACCCAUACCUGCUGCCAGGAGGUGGUGCUGUGGAGAUGGCUGUGUCCCACAGGCUGACGGAGCGCUCACGAGCCCUGACUGGCGUGGAGCAAUGGCCUUACCGUGCUGUUGCCCAGGCUUUGGAGGUCAUCCCCCGCACCCUCAUCCAGAACUGUGGUGCCUCUACCAUCCGUGUGCUCACAUCACUUAGGGCGAAGCACACCCAGGAGGGCAGCACCUCAUGGGGAGUGAAUGGAGAGACGGGCACUCUAGCAGACAUGGCAGAUCUGGGCAUCUGGGAGCCGCUAGCUGUCAAAGCUCAGACAUACAAGACUGCAGUGGAGACGGCCAUCCUGCUCCUGCGCAUUGAUGACAUCGUGUCUGGGCACAAGAAGAAGGGAGAGAAAGGGGAAGAGCAGCCAGGAGCUGAGUAGAAGGAUGUGAAGGAAAUAUGAAGGUGUAAAAACAUGGGAGUGAAAUGCAAGAUCAAAGAGGUGGAUGUCUAGAAUAGUUAACUCUGGUUUCUGAUAGACUGUUCUCCUCAAAUACAAUGUAUGGCUUUUAUUCUGUUGUUAGGCCUUGCUAAUGUAAAGUUGUAUUCAGCUCUUUUGUUUUCUACUCCUUUGUGAGGAAAAAUUAAACAUUUAGGUGUGUGUGUUAACACUUCUAAACGUGUAAA